GAGAGAGAGAGACGAGAGAACGAGAGAGAGAGAGAGAGAGAGACGGAGGGAGCUCGAGCCGAGCUAGCGGAAGAGGAAGAGAGAGGGUUAACGCACGGGUCAAAGGGAAGGGAACGGAGCGGAGCAGGUCUCAGAGGGGCGAACAGAAGUGCUCCGGCCGGGGCUGGAAGUAGAAAACCAACGCAUGGACGAAAAGGCUCAGCUUGAACUUGAAGUAGUUUAUUUAUGGGAGAUAGGCUUAGUAAAAUCUGUUUAAUGAAAGGAAGUCGUGAAUAUUGAGCUCCAAGUCCGCCGGAGAGAGGGCAGCAGUCCUUGAACAGAGCAGCUCGGGCCAGGCGACAAGGCAAGCAUUUAAAAUGGUGGAAAUUGCUGCGACAACAUUUGCCCAUGUCCAAAUAAGUCCAGGGCUGGUUCUGCGCCCAACAGCUUCUUCACUCCCUUGCAAGUCUCAGAAGAUCAAGAGCUUUGAGCUCUCAACAAACCAGGAAAGAUGGAGAAUCGGGAGAGCUCCUGCUUCUGCCGCUGGCACUGGGGCAUGUAAUCAAACGGGUCCAGAGCAACUUCUGACAAGACGUGAGCUUGACCGUACCAAGAGGGAGAAGGCGACAGCCAAGAGAAGGGUCUUCUUCUUGGACGUGAAUCCUCUCUGUUACGAAGGGAGCACCCCAAGUUUACGUAAUUUUGGUCACUGGGUUUCCCUCUUCUUAUCUGAAGUUAGCCGUUGCGACCCUGUAAUUGCUGUCCUUGAUGGCGAGAGGGGCAGUGAGCAUCGCCGACAGCUACUGCCUUCAUAUAAAGCUCAUAGGAAGAAAUUCUCAAGAUAUAUGUCACCUUCAAGAAAAAUUGCACGGGCUCACGUUGGAAUAUCCCCACCAGUCAUCAUAGAUGUUCUAAAGAAGUGCAAUGUGCCGGUCAUUCAAGUUGAAGGCCAUGAAGCAGAUGAUGUUGUGGCUACUCUUGUUGAUCAAGUUCUGCAAAAAGGAUACCGAGUGGUCAUUGCAUCUCCUGAUAAAGACUUCAAGCAGCUGAUUUCUGGAGAUGUCCAGAUUGUGAUGCCCAUGCCUGAGUUAGGAAGGUGGUCCUUCUACACACUAAAGCACUACAUUGCUCAAUACAAUUGCGAACCGUGUUCUGAUUUAAGCCUCAGAUGCAUCUUGGGUGAUGAUGUUGAUGGAGUUCCUGGGCUUCAACAUUUGGCUCCUGCUUUUGGUCGUAAAACUGCCGUAAAGCUCUUGAAGAAGCACGGUUCACUCGAGAAUCUACUGAACGCAGCGGCAGUCCGUACCGUGGGGAAACAGUAUGCACAAGAUGCACUUACGAAGCAUGCUGAUCACUUACGUAGGAAUUACGAAGUUCUUGCACUUAAAAGGGAUGUGAAUGUCGUCCUUCGAGAAGAAUUAUUGGCGGAGAGGAAUAGUUGCAAUGAUUCAGUGGCUUGGUCUGACUUCUUCAAGCUGCUGCAAGACAUUGAGAAGAUCUCUCACCAAAGUACACCUUAUUCUUCAUCUUGCUGACUAUCCGGAAACGGAGAGCUAUUCAAUCUCACCUCUCGAUUCUAUUCCUUUGCCCUAACAUGAUCGGGAUGUAUACGCUAGAUCGAAGGUAUUAAUUUGUCAUCAUCUGCUCUCAUCCUCCUUUUGCGAUCACCCUAACCUUCUUUUCAACCCGUAGACGUGAUUUUGUUAUGAACUGCGCAGGAGAGCUCGCUAGGUGACCUCUGGUUUUAUGCCAAGGAGAGCUCUAAUACUUUGAUUCGCAACAGAUUAUGAUGUUUCAUAAUAAAUAACACUAAUGUAUUUGAGAACAAAUGACUGUGAUUUGUAUCCGCAGAUAAUAUUGUGAAUCACGCAUUUCCACUCUCCAA